CCCGCGAUCUUAUCACCUGUGAUCAUAUCACCUGUGAUCGCGCUAGGUUUGGGAGCCCUGCUGGUCUGUGGCUUUUCAGCUGCCUCUGACAGAUCCCGAGCUUCCUUCCCCUUCAACCAGUGACUGCUGUCUUCACUCGCAGCAUUCCUCCCCCUCUACUAACAGCCAGGCUGUACCCCCUUUGUCUCUGUCAACUGUAUCACAGUACACAGUUCAGGAGCACAACAAGGUUUCCUGCAAUGUGAGGGACUCUUGGGCAUUACAUUUAUAGAUGAGGUCCCUUGGGAGAAAGUCCUUGAGGUGCCCAGGUUGAGACAAGAAGGGGUGGCAGUGUGAGAGAUGGAUGGUGUGAAGCUACCCCAAAACCAGGAAAUGGCUACAGCCUUGGAACCAGAGGACCAGGAUCUUUGGGAAGAAGAAGGAAUUCUGAUGGUGAAACUGGAAGAUGAGUUCACCUGUAGGCCGGAGUCUGUCUUACAGAGGGAUGACCCUGUGCUGGAGACGUCUCACCAGAACUUUCGAUGUUUUCGCUACCAGGAGGCAGCAAGCCCGCGAGAAGCCCUCAUCAGACUCCGAGAGCUUUGUCAUCAGUGGCUAAGGCCAGAAAGGCGGACAAAGGAGCAGAUCCUAGAACUGCUGGUGCUGGAGCAGUUCCUCACCGUCCUGCCUGGAGAGCUACAGAGCUGGGUGCGGGGCCAACGGCCAGAGAGCGGCGAGGAGGCAGUGACACUGGUGGAGGGUUUGCAGAAACAGCCCAGGAGACCAAGGCGGUGGGUGACCGUCCAUGUUCAUGGCCAGGAAGUCCUGUCAGAGGAGACAGUGCACCUAGGGGCAGAGCCUGAGUCACCCAGUGAGCUGCAGGACCCAACACAGACUUCAACCCUUGAGCAGUCACAUGAGGAAACCAACCAGAGCCCAGAUCAGGGGACACCAGAACAGCAGAGCCCGCACUGUGAAGAGGAGUUCCAGCCCCUGCAGGAGCACGAGGUUCCAGUGCUCCAAGAGCCAGACCUUCCUGCAGAGAGGAGCUCUGGAGACUCAGAGAUGGUUGCCCUUCUGACUGCUCUGUCCCAGGGACUGGUAACGUUCAAAGAUGUGGCCGUGUGCUUCUCCCAGGAUCAGUGGAGUGACCUGGAUCCGACACAGAAGGAAUUCUAUGGAGAAUAUGUCUUGGAAGAAGAUUGUGGAAUUGUGGUCUCUCUGUCCUUUCCAAUCCCCAGACUAGAUGAUAUCUCCCAGGUUAUUGAAGAAGAGCCUCUGGUCCCAGAUACCCAUGAGCCUGAAGAGCCAGAAAUCCUGAGUUUUACCUACACAGGAGACAGGAGUGAAGACGAGGAGCAGUGUGUUGAGCGAGAUCUCAGUUUGGAGGACACACAUAGGUCUAUUUUGGGGGAUCCAGAAAUUCACCGGACUCCAGACUGGGAAAUUAUUCUUGAGGAUAACCCAGAUAAAGCUAAUGAAAAAAGAUUUGGUACAAAUAUUUCUCAAGUUAAUAGUCUUAUGAAUCUUCAGAAAACUACACCUGCACACCCUCUGCUAGGGAGGCAACAUGUCUGUCCUGUCUGUGGGAAAAGCUUCACAUGUAACUCUCACCUUAUUAGACAUCUGAGAACUCACACAGGAGAGAAGCCCUAUAAAUGUCUGGAGUGUGGAAAAAGCUACACACGGAGCUCACAUCUUGCCAGACACCAAAAGGUUCACAAGAUAAACAAAUAUCCACUAAAUUGGAAGAAUGUGGACAAGACUUCCCCACUGAUCCAAGCUGCGAGAAUAACAUCUGUGGAGAAACCCUAUAGAUGUGACAAUUGUGGAAAACAUUUCCGCUGGGCUUCAGACCUUGUCAGACAUCAAAGGACACAUACAGGGGAAAAGCCUUUUUACUGUACUGUUUGUGGCAAAAGCUUUAGCCAGAAAUCUGUGUUAACCACACACCAAAGAAUCCACCUUGGAAGCAAACCCUACUUGUGUGGAGAGUGUGGAAAGGACUUCAGUGACCACAGGGAGUAUCUUGCACAUAGAAAGACACAUGCAGCCGAGGAGCUCUACCUCUGCAAUGAAUGUGGGCGCUGCUUCAAUGACAGCACAGAGUUUGCCAAGCAUGUGAAAGGACAUGCCUCAGUUAGGCAGUGCCGGUGCACAGAGUGUGGGAAAAGCUUCAGUCGGAGGGAUCAUCUAGUCAGGCAUCAGCGUACACACACCGGAGAGAAACCAUUCACCUGCCCUACCUGUGGGAAAAGCUUUAGCAGAGGAUAUCACUUAAUCAGGCAUCAGAGGACCCACUCAAGAAAGAACUCCUAGCGAGGUACCCAUGUGAGAAGAUCCAUAUUCAGCUGCCACCCAGGGUGGGACAGGAGAAGCUCUCAAGGCAGCCUGGGAUGACCUUUUCCAAGGUGCCUCCUGGACCAGCCAUACCUUAUACCACCUCUUCCCACCACCAAAUAAAAGCUUCAAACAGAACCUCUGUACCAUGAGCUGAUGUUUUACCCAAAGUGCAACCUGAAUUGAGGCUUCUCCUUCACGGAAGUGUUCCUGCCUCUACCUCAUGGGUGUUAAAAUAGGAGAAUUAGAAAACUGAAGAGGUUGUGGUUGCUGUUUUCCAAAUAGGCUGUUAUAUAUCCUCAAAGCUACUUACAGCCUCACUUUUAAAGUGGACAAGGACAGCCCCGUAGGUCUGUUAAGGGACUGGUCUGAAAGGUUCUGUCCUUCCUGGGCCCAGAUCUUAAAGCACACCCCUGUGAACUUGAAACAAGAGGUUUGCAUCCUGAUGACUUUGCCGCAUGCAGGAUAGCAUAUAAAUCCUUCACUGUCUGACUCACUUCUUCACCAUGCACUUUCUUUUGAUGCUAGGGAGAGAUGGGAGAAAGUUCAAGGGCAAAACUCAUAGCUGCUUUAUAUGUACCUUGGCAAGCUGCUCCCUUCUCCACUGUCAAAAUGAUACCAGAUGCCAACCACUGCCAGAAUGAAAGGCCUGGUCAGUAGUCUGAUUCCUCGUGGGUGUGUGUUUGUUUUUCCUGUUGUUAGCCUUCUUACAAUUCAACAGUCUUGUUCUGUUCAAUGAGUCCCUACUGCUAUCACUACAAGUGAGAUGUAGCACUUGAGGGAUUCCGUGAAGCAUAACUAAGUGAUGAAAUCAUCUACUUUCUCAAAUGUGUACAUGCUCACCUCCCCUCCCCCUCUUCACAUGGGUUGUGUGAAUGGAUUUGGAACAGGGUCACCAUAUAAAGGCUCUUUAACCUUUACAGAAUUGUGAUUGGGUCACUUUAUUCACAUGAAGAAAAGGAAAGAGAUUCUAAGAUUACACUAGAGAAAGACAGGGAAAAGCUGUUGCUGCUGGCCAAGACCAUCAGGACUGUUCAAUACUCCCCAUCACCCCUGCCUCUUUUCCCUGAUGACAGGAAAUCAUGAACCCCAUCACCUGCGGCACAGUGGAGUCACAGGAGUAUAUGGCUCUCGUGUAUAUGUAUUUUUUACCUUUUCUUACAUGAUUUCAUUAGUGUGUGACAAUGAACUAAGUAUCUCCUCAUGACCCAGAGGUCUUUCUUGCCUUUUCAAUGUUCCAUGGAGAGGAGACUAUAACUGUAAGCAUCACCUGUUCUGAUUGUGGGAAUGGUGAAGACUGGAGAGGUGUCCUCCAUAAAUGGAGCACAGGGUAUGGGAAUAAAGCAUGAGAAGGAA